GUAAAGUGUCGCAAUUGUUAUGACAGCUGCUCGUCCGUUUUGCGUGUUCCCUUAUUAGUCGGUUGGGUUCGGUCGUCCGCGGAUAAAAUAAACGAUAUUAUAAUAUUGGAAUAGUAUUCGUUGUAUUAUGCCAGCGCGUGAAGCCGAUAUUUGGCGUUUACACUCGACGCUGAAUAGUAUUGUUGCAACUUUAUCGAUAGGAUUUUAAAAACAAUAUUAUUUAUAUUGUUACAUUAUUGAAACGAUACAAUCCGGAAUAAUGAACCGCCCGAAUUUCAAUCAAAACUACAAAUUGGUAGUGGUCGGAGGCGGCGGUGUCGGCAAGUCUGCAAUCACUAUACAAUUCAUACAGGUAUACAUAGGCACCAGUAUAUUUUACGUGGAAUGUUUUUCGUGAAACUAUAAUACAUUUUAACAGCGAUAGGUAUUUAUAAUUUUUAUGGUGUUUUAUCGAUUAUUUAUGGGUUCAUGCGUGUUGGUGAAUACUACCUAGCCAUGUUAUUACAUAUUUUGUCUACACAAUAGAUGAACGAAUUUUGCAUUGUCUUGGGUAACUACUGAUAAAUGUUUGUAAUUGUAGACGUGACAUACGUAUUGCCGUGAUUUCAGAUCGAUUUUAAAUGUUUUAAUGUGCACGCGUAUUUGUCACCAAUAUUGUUUAUUAUUUAUCCGUACCUGACUUAUUUUCAUAAUUUUACCCUCUUUCGUUCAUUAUAAACUGUAUAAUUUAUUGAAACAUUUUUCAUACGUUUUGUUACAAAACAGAUAAAUACACAUACUUUUAUAUUUAUUUCUAUUUCUAUGUGCGUUUUGUCAUAUAUUAUGAUAAUACAUUGGCAAGAGAACACCUUGAUAAAGUUUAUAUCAAGGCACUCUAGUAUUGUAGAUAAACAUAUUGUAAUUUGAUUUUGAAUUAUGUCUUUAAUAAAAGGAAAGGCUUUAAGCUUUUAGGCUAUUCAACCCUAUUAUGUUAAUAACACCUAACAUAAUUUGACAAUUUGAAAGAAGUCAAUCAAAUAAUAAAUAUUAAAAUACAAAUACAUAACUAACUUAUACUUAUAAGGACUGUUCUCACCAAUAUAAACGUUGAUUUUUAAACCGAGUUUAUAAGAUAACUGACCAAUUUUAGUCGGUUAUCAGCUAUAAACACAGUUUAAAAAUCACAUAAAUGAAAGUAUUUAAUUCGGCGAGAAUGGCUAUAAGUAUCUUAUUAACAUAUUUUAGACAAAAUAAAAUUAUUCACUUAAUUCAUAAAUAUUUGGUUGGUUACCCAUUUGAUUUACCUCUUAAAAUCAAUUUAACAAUUAAAAAUAUCAAAAUAUAUUGCUUCCAUUUAAUUUUACAAAAUAUCCACCUGUUCAUUUAUAUGUGUACUCUGUACACUGAAAAUUUUCAAGUUUAUGUAUUGAACCCUAAUCAAGUGUAUUAUUUUCAAACAAAAUUAAUGAAAAAUUCAAAACAUUCUUUUGUAAUUUAAUUGUAGUAAAACAGGCAUUAAAAGUAUAUUUUACAUUAUAUUUAUUAAAAUUGAUUUUUAAACUAAUCUUUACAUUAAUUAUUAUUAUAAAAGUUACCUACUUAGUUCUAAACUUACAUGAACCAUAAUAUGUUAAUGUAAAAAUAACCAUAAUAACUAUAUAAUUUUGUUCAAGAUCUUGAUUUUUUAUGAAAACAAUAGAUUAUAUGAAAAUUGUUAACAUUUUUUUAUACAAAAUUACUGAGAACGUAAUAAUAAUAAUUUUUUAACAGUUGUGACUAUUACCAAAAAUGUGUUGUUAAAUUGAAUCAAUUAAUUGCAUAACAUGUGGGUGUGAACAUUGCCUUGUCGGUGGGUCCAAUUCAAGGUAUACACAAUAUUAUACCUACACAAAUAAUUCUCAACUCCUUAUAUGGAUUUUCUAUAGGUACAUACAAACCUGUACAUACUUUUUAGUUGGAUAAUAUAAUACAAUACAAAUGGUAUAUAAUUCGAAAAUAAUUUAAAUAUUGGCCAUAUAAUUAGGUCAUUGAUGUCAUCUCUACAAAUUGUACUAAUAUAUAAGUUUAUGUUUAUAUUUUUUAGUAUUAGAAUUUAAAAUCUUGGAAAUACAUGGACAAUUAUAUCUAAAUCUAAUUAUAAGCAUUAAAUUUUAAAUAGACUAACUGUCUUGUUUUCUUAUUUUACCUAUACCCGAAAAUAUACAUGUUCAAUAAACAACAAAAAAAGGAAAUAAACCUUUAAUAUUUUAAUUCAAUACCUACCACGAAAAGAAAAAUGAAUCUAUAUUAUAUAGACAUUAAUUUAUUAGAAUUUGAGAAUAACCUAUAUUUCCUUGAAAUAUUCGGUGGAUAGAAAAGUUGUUUAUGUCUAGAAUUAUGAUAGUUUAUUUUGAAGUAAAAUCGUUCAAUCCAUUUUGGACAAUCUAUAAUAUUGUUUAAUAAUUUAUAAAGAAAUUUUAAAUUCAGUAUUUUAAGUCUUUUUUUUUUUUCCAACGGUAAUAUAGAGAAAAGCCUAUUUAUAAUAUUAUAAUCAGAAUGAGAAGUCCUAUACCUAUAUUUUACAUUGGAAGCUUAAAAAUCUUAAACAAUUAUUCUGAAUUUGAGAGAGAGUUUGAUUUUGGAUUAUAAAUUCGAUUAUAAAUUUGUUCCUUAUCAAAUUUGCAUGUUCCAAUUUAGAAUGUACUAAACAAAAAUACAACAGUUUAAGAGCCUGAGCAUCGUGGAAGUCUUUACUAGUGCGUUUGAUAAAUCCUGGUUUAGUUGAUGCUUUUCUAAUAAUAUUAUUAGCAUGAGGCAUUAAGUUAAGUUUUGGAUUGAAAGUAACGCUAAGAUCCUUAAUUUCAUUUACAUAAUUGGAUCUUUUUGUAAAGAGAAAGAUCUUUUGAGAAAGAUUAUAAUAGUUCUUGAACUUGGAUAGUAAUACAGUAAUAUUUUUUAUGCUGUACUAAAUUAAAUUUAUUUAUAUUGUAACUACCAAAAAUGUAUAUUGAAACAUAAAUUUUAACUAUUUACCUACUGUAAAUUUUGAAUGAACCUGAUUUAUUAUAAGACACCUAAUUAUUGCGGUAUAUUAUUAUUGUUAUAGAAAUAUUUUGUGACUGACUAUGAUCCUACAAUUGAAGACUCAUACUCAAAACAAUGUGUGGUUGAUGACGUUCCUGCAAAAUUAGACAGUAAAUAAUACUUCUUAUUGUUAUAAAUACCUAGAUGCCUGAAUAUUUGCAUAUUUGCACUUGAAUAACUGCAAUUUAAUUCUAUUUUUAUUAGUUUUGGAUACAGCUGGACAAGAAGAAUUCAGUGCUAUGAGAGAACAAUAUAUGCGAUCAGGUGAAGGGUUUUUGUUAGUGUUUUCCGUUGCAGACAAAACUAGUUUCAAUGAAAUGGAAAAAUUCCAUAGACAGAUACUUAGGGUUAAGGAUCGAGAUGAAUUUCCUAUGCUUAUGGUUGGAAACAAAGCAGAUCUAAGUAGCCAAAGAAUGGUUUGUUUUGACAUUCAAUUGAUAAAAACUCACAUUAGUUAUUUUAAUAAUUAUGUAAAAUACAUAUCCAUUUAGGUUUCAGUACAAGAUGCACAAAAUAUGGCUAUGCAGUUGAAAAUACCGUACAUAGAAUGCAGUGCAAAAGCGGGGAUGAACAUUGAUCAAUCGUUCCAUGAACUUGUUCGUAUUGUUCGACGAUUUCAACUGUCUGAAAGACCCCCAAUCAAAUCAGAGCCAGAAAAAAGUUCCAAAAAAUGUUCUAUACUCUAGCAGACUACAUUUAAUAAUGUACAAUGUGUGGGUAUGUUUACAUGUCAACCAACACUAAACUGAAUUGUGUUCCCGAUUUUUUUUGUCAAUUUUAACCAUUCACAAUUAAAACAAUUAUUAUCACAGUAUUAAAUUUUAAUAUCUAGUCGUACAAUAUUGAACAAAUAAUUCUUGACAAAUAAUAUUAACAUAUCAGGCAAUUUGUUUUUUUUGUUAAUAACAUAUUUUUAAGCUGAGUGUUAUGGUAGAUAGUUAAUUCGGAUAAUAAUAAAACUUUAUUGUAUCAACAAACAGUUCUGUUGUUAAUAGAUACAAAUCCAGUUUGUACACUUACCUAUUAUGCUAUUAUCCAAUUUGAAAAAUAUUGAGUGUUUUAAUCUGUUAAGUCAAAAAUAAUUUUUUUUAAACCCAGUGUAAACACAAAUUUUAAUAUUCCACAAAAUCCAAAGUAAACUAUGUUUAGUUUUUCAAAGACAGAAAACAACUUGUACAAGUAUUGCAUUUAUUUCAGCAAACAAUUUUACUAGUGGUAUAACUCUGGUAAUUAUUAUUAUUCAUAAUUUAAGUGUAACUAUUUACUAAACAUUUAUGCGAUAAAUGAUUUAUUUGGGUUGUUAUACUACACUUAGAAAUUUGUCGAGUUUUUUUUGUUAAUUGUUUUGCUACUCUCAAAUCUUUUAAAACCAUUUUUAUUUCAUUACUUUUUAAUAAUUAUUUUGUUUUAUGUUAUCAAAAUAAAAUAUUAAUCAAAAAUACAAUAUUAAAGUAAUUUUGGAAUGUUACCUAUUAUUUUUUUUUUUAAAAAUGAAACAGUAUUUGUUUAUUUUUGUAUUUUUUAGAAUUUAUACAUACAUUUGUAUAUUUUUAAUAACUAUUGUGUAUUAAGUACUUAUGAUUAAUUGUGUUGUUGUUUUUUUUUCAUUCAAAUAAUUAGCAAAAUUCUAUGUUUGGGCAAUGUGGAAGAAAGAUCUUAUUAAAAUUAUUAUAACUAUAAUGCCAAAUAACAUUUAUUUUUCAAAUAUAAAUCUAAAUACUUUUUCGAUGUAAUUAAAUAUUAAUAGUGUUUAUAAAAUUUAACUUGUGAUUAAUAAAACAACUCUUGAAAUCAAUUUCCUUUUGAUCAAAACCUCCACAAAUCUAUUUAUAAUGUUUUAUGUGACAAUGUAUCCUGCAAUGUAAUAUCAGUCUAUAAAUGUAUUUUAUAAUAAAAAUAAUAAUUAUCUAUCUAAACUUAUUUUGGAUUACAAAAUACACAUUGCCAUCCGAGUUUAUAGAGCUAAUAUACAAUUAUUUACGAAGAAGUGAUUCCACAAGAUGGAAUCAAAAAAAAAUGGUACAUAUCAGGGACAAAUUGAGCUAUUUGGAAGUAAUAACUAUUUUAUAUGUAU